AUGGAAGAAAAUAUGGCAAGCACGUUGAGGAUGCAGGGCGUGCAUGGCCCCACAAUUCCCAUGGACAUCAGCCGCGGGCCCACCCCCGGCUCCGGCGCGGCAGUGUGCGCGCACUCGGGCUCGACCGGCACGCGUUCGACCCACGAGCAGCAGAAACGUGCCUCCGAGCCCCAGCACGACGAAGGAGGCAGCCCGAGGUUCUCUGGCAGCGGCACAGCCAGCGGCCCGGCCAAUGGCAACAAGCGCGCCAGCCCGGAACCCUCGACCACCUCCGCGUCUCCGGAGCACGUCCAGCCCUCGGAGCACUCCCAGCAACACGCCCCCGUCACCUCGGCCGGGGCGCCCAUGCCCGCUGCGGGCCCCGCCGCUCAACCCUCCCACACCGUCCCCGUCGCGAAUGUGGCCGCGGUCGCGCCCUGCCCGGCCGCUCCGGGCCCCAACGUGCCCGUCCUCCACGCCAUGUCGAUGCCCUCGUCCGCCGGACACCUCCCCACGCACUUCCCCGGCGCCCCGCCGCACGCUCGCGCUGGUGCCACGGCGCCGGGCCUCAUGCCGGGCGCGUUCGCGCACGCCGGCCCGGUCGGGUACCCGCACGCGCCGGCCAUGCACUUCAUGAUGCCGGACGUCGGCCGCGCGGGCCCGGGGGCGCAGCAGCAGUUCAAGGGCGGCCCGACGAUGCAAGGGGUGGGGGCCAUCCAUCCCGGGAUGAUGCCCGCGGGUGGAGCCAUGCCGAUGGCGCACAUGAUGCCGCACAUGCAGGCGCUGAACCUGCACUUCCUGGGCUACGGCGCGGGGCGCCCGGGGAUGCCGCCGGGCCGGCAGGGGUCGGGCGGCGUGCACGUGUCGCCGGCGCUGCGCCACGGGCUGACGCCGCAGAUGAUGCACGAGAACUGGACGCGCACGGGCGUCGCGCCGCUGCGCGCAGCGCAGCUCCAGCGGUACCGCUACAAGCGCAUGCUGCGCCAAAAGGGUGCGAAGAAGAUCCGCUACCAGUGCCGGAAGACGCUGGCGGACGCGCGGCCGCGCGUCAAGGGGAGGUUCGCGAAGGUCAAUGCCCCGCCCGGCGCGCCCGGCGAGUGGCAGGGCCCUGGCUCCGACGGCGGCGGCAGCGGCGGCAGCGGCGGCAGCGGCGCAGGCGCGGGUGCGUCGCUGCAGAAGCAGGCCAUGGCCGGCGCCGUGCGCGCCAAGGCGGCGGAGCAGGGCACGCAGCUCGAGCUCGGAGGAGUGUUCGCUGGCCUCGGCGGCCCCGGGGACAUGUUUGGCGGGGACGACGACAGCGGGCUGAUGCGCAAGGUGAUGUCGGAGUUCAACUUGGCGGACCUGGGGGCGCAGGGCGACGACCUGGAGGACGAGGACUGGCUCGAUUUCACGGGCGAGGACGUGCCGGAGCAGCCGGCGGGGCCGGGCGCGCGCACGGGCGGUGCCGCGGCGCCAGCGCAGGCGCCCACUCCGCCCAAGCAGGGCGUGGCGCAGCGCAGCAGCGCCGGCCGGGCCGCGAUGCCGCGGUCGUUCUCGGACGGGAACCUGGCGAUGAUGUCACAGCACAACCAGUGGGGGUCGGCCGUGGAGGACGACACGGACGCGUUCCAGCUGGCGCUGGCGACGCUGCGGGAGGACAACGAGCUGGGGCUGCCGGAGGACUUCUAG